AUGGAGUGGACGGACGUCGAGACGAAAGAGCGCCUCCUAUUGGACGACGAGCCGUCCGUGACGUCGGCGGCGGACGAGUCUUCGCAGCAGUCGUCGGGAGGCGGAGGGGCGCCGCCGAACGCGCUCUGCUAUUGCGAGAGAGAGCGUGACGUCCGACAGGUGGAGCUCCAGUGCUGUCGUUGUCUCAAAUGGUUUCACAAGCAGUGCGUGACGUCAGCCGUCGGCCGCUGUCUCCCAUUCAUGACGUGUUACACGUUUUGGUGUCGCGAUUGCGGCGCAGACUCUGUCGAAGCGUUUUCGCGAAGACAAACCAAUUUCUCGCAAAUGUGCGAAACGGCGAUCGCCAACCUUAUGGUCGGCGCCGAAGAGGACGGGAAUCGCGUCUCGUUCUCCAAAGACCGCGAAAUCAUUCCUUUCAUUGACGCCAAUUGGGAAGUGUUGACAACAAUGCCGCGCAGAAUCAAACACACGUGGCAUCAGACGGUCGUCAAGACGAUGACCAAAGAGACGGACACUUUCAUCCACGACGCGCGCGAUCCCAACGACCCGCACUUCGCGCUCCGAAAUCAGGAUCUCCUGCGCAUCGGUCCCAACUACGACAGCGCGCGCAUCGACCCGGCGGGCGGCGUCCCGAACCGUUUCGGUGGGCGCGGCGCCAAACGCCGUUUCGAGCCGUCGGAGGCGUUGGCGGCGAAGCGGCAGAAGUCGGAGCUGUCGUCGCCUAAACUGCCGCCAAACGGCUUUCCGGCGGAGUUUCCCUUCAAUAAAGACGGCUAUCGCUACGUGUUGGCCGAACCCGACCCGCACGGGCCCUUUCGCCAGGAGUUCGAGGAGUCGCAGGAUUUGGCGGGAAAACCCAUUCCCGGAUGGCUUUGCCGUAAACUGAUGCCCGAUUGGGUCGCGCUUUCGCUCCACGAUCGCGCCACACAACUCAAGAUCUCUGAAGACCGGCGAACGGUUUGCGGCGAAAAAGGCUAUUGUAUGGUUCGCGCCAAUUAUGGCGUCCGUCGCGGCCUUUGGUUCUUCGAAGUGCGCGUCGAAGACAUGCCCGACGGCGCCGCCGUUCGGCUCGGAGUGGCGCAGGAGUUGGCGAACAUCCAGGCGCCGCUCGGAUACGACAAAUUCGGGUAUUCCGUGCGUUCGCGCAAAGGCACCAAAUUCCACGACUCGCGCGGCCAACACUUCGCCGACUCGGGCUUCGGCGCCGGUGACGUCAUCGGCUUUCUGCUCGAACUGCCCGACGGCGCAGACUCCGCGCUCCUCAACACUUAUAAAGACAAACCGCUCGUGAAGUUCAAGAGUUAUCUGUAUUUUGAGGAAAAGGACGACAUUCCGAAGCAAACGCGCGAACUGCGCCCUCUGGCCGACUCCCGACUCACCGUCUUUAAGAACGGCCGGCCCCUCGGCACCGCCUUCCACGACCUGUACGCCGGCACGUACUACCCGUCAGCUUCGCUCUACAAAAGCGCUUCCGUUUCCUUCAAUUUCGGGCCGAAGUUCGAGUUCCCGCCGAAAGGGCGCGCCUUUGACGCCAUGUCCGCAGUGGUGGCCACUCAACAGACGGAACAAACGCUUUCCGAGGUCUUGUAUUUCGUGGAAAACGAGGGAAGACUGCGUUUAGACAUCUUUUACGGCGGAAAUUGA